AUGCUGGCAAACGAGAAGGAUGCGUUUCAAGCAGCAGGUGUGACUCUCAUCAUCAUUGGGCCGGGCUCCAUCCAACAGGCGCAGCAGUUUGUCGAUCAAACCAGCUUCCCAGGAGAGGUGUAUGCGGACCGCCAGCGCGCGUCAUACGAGGCGCUGCAGUUCGUCUCGGGCCUCUCCACCGUCCUCUCUCCCACC